AUGGACGACUUGUGGGGCUAUGGCGGUGACGAACCCGAGCCGGAUCACUUCUCAGACAGCAGCGACGACCGGCGCCGUGCCCGGUCCGACUCGGAGGAGGCAGACCUGCUGCCCCAGAAGAAGCGGCUCAAGCUGAGGCAGCUGGGAUAUGGCAACGGUGGCCGGCGCGGCCGCAGGGGAGCACGCGGUGGCAUCGGCCAAGGCGGCGAGGGCGAUGCCGAGGUGCUAGUGCUGGACAGUGACGAUGAUAGCGACAGGCAGCUGCUCCGCGAGGCGGCACGAGGAGGCGCCGCCGGGCGCAGCACCGCCUCCAGCCUGGCGGCGGCCACCGCAGCGGCGGCAGCUGCAACGGCAGCAGCGGCAGCGGCAGGCGCCUCGCGGGCGCCAGCCUGGCGCCAGGGCAGCGGCGGCGCGGCCGCGGCGCUGGACCCGCGCAGCGCAGCGCUGCUGCAGCAGGCGCAGGCCAUCCAGCAGCGCCUGAAGGCGGCACAGGAGGAGGAACUAUCGGAGGAUGAGGACAGCGAGGCGCCAGACCCCAGCCCAGUCGUUUUAAGAGGAGCCGCAGCAGCAGGCGCUGCAGCCGCCGCUGCCAGGCAGCGGCAGCAGCAGGCGCAGCAGCCGCGGUGCUCGCGGCGCUGCGAUCUGGACCUCACUGGCGACGGCAGCGAGGAGGGCAGCCCAGGCUCGGGGGCGGCGGCAGGCAGCGAGGAGGGGGAGGGAUCGCCUGGGGUGGCGGGAGGGUCGCCGCUGCCGCAGGCGGCGGCAGCUGCGGAUGAGGGCAGGAUCUCGCUCAAGCUGCGCAGCGCGCAUGCGGGGGAGAAGGUGAUGCGCAUGAGGAGGGAGGACCCCUUCAGCAAGCUCUUUGCAGCCUACAGGAGCUGGGCAGCGGAGGCGGGCCACAUCUCGAGCGCGGAUGCCGCCCUGCGCUUUCUGUUUGACGGCGACCAGCUGGGGCCGGGGCAGACGCCUGCCAGCCUGGAGCUUGAGGGCGACGAGUGCAUCGACGUCUACUUCUGA